AUGGAAGCUUGUCACUCUCCACAGCAAUCCAAUGUCACUACGUAUGGGGAUGCAACUUUGGCCAUCAUCAGCCUGGAGGCAUUUGCUGGCAUGUGGAUAAAUGCUUUCAUGGUCUGUGUGCUUUGCAUUGGCUGGGUCAACAAGAAAACCCUGAACUCUAAUGAGAAGAUCUUGCUGCUCCUGGGAUGCUCCAGGUUUUGCUCUUUGUGCAUCUCAUGGACAUAUUCAUUUCUCUCAAUUAUUUAUCCCAAUUACCUUUAUGUUCAUACCAUACUCCAAAUUGCAAUAUUUUUACAAGCCUUUUUCAAUCAUUGCAAUUUGUGGUUUUCUGCCUGUCUUUGUGUUUUUUACUGUAUAAAAAUUGCCAAUUUCAGGAACAGCUUCUUCAUCUACCUGAAAGUAAAAAUUGACAGAAUUGUGCCAUGGCUGUUGUUGGGGUCAGGGAUUUUAGCUUUGGCUAUCGGAAUCAUUGCCUAUGACAUUGCUGAUAAACCGCACUGCAACAACCUCAAUUCCACCAGACAAGGAAAUUUUGGGAAAGCAAGUAUCAAAAUGGAUAAACAUUUUUUCCCUUCUUUUUUUCUCGCUGGCUUUGGAUAUGCUGCUUCAUUCACGGCAGUCAUCUUUGCUGCUGUUUUCCUUCUGUUUUCACUCUGGAGACACCAAUGCAAGAUGCAGAAAAACUCCAUGAAGGACCUCAGCAUGGAUGCUCACAUCAGAGCCAUGAAAUCUAUUUUCUCCUUCUUAGUGAUGUACAGCAUCAACUUUGUAUGUUUGGUCUUAGAAAUGGUUUAUGUCACACAGAAGAUAAGUCAUAUGACAUUUCUCAUUGUAGUAUUUCAGUACACUUUUCCAGGUCUUCACUCCCUUAUUCUGAUUUUCAGCAAUCCUAAGCUGGAAAAGACACUGCUAAAGAUUCUUUCCUUAGAAAGUACUCUGAAGCACAAGAUUUGCAUGAGUUAG